AUGAAGUUCAACGUCCUUGCCCUCUCUGCCCUGCUGGCCGUCGCUGCCGCUGAGACUUCUACUGCGGAUGCAUCUACCACAACUAGCAACCCGUCAGUCGAGUGUGCUAAGCAGUGUGAAUCCACCAACACCUGCUGUAUCGCCAAGUGCUGGAACGUCCCCUGCCCUAGCGACAACCAGGCCAACGAUACCAACAGCUGUGUCGCCGCCUGCCCUCAAGGUACCGGUUCGCCCGCCGACGCCCAGAAGUACGCCAACUGCGAGCAAUCCUGCUACAGCUCUCACUUCUGGGGUGGCAGCGGGCCCACAGCCACCCAGGCUGCCGCGACUGGCUCUGCCACAGAUGCCACUGCUACCGCGACCAGCACUGACUCAUCCAGCACCGACUCUUCCAAGUCCUCGGAGAACAACAAUGACUCCAGUUCCACCGACAGCUCGUCGGAUGGCACAGCCACCAGCUCUUCCGGCUUCGCACAGCAUACCACCAACGCUGCCGUCAAGGUCGGCGCCUCCGCCGCUGGUCUGAUCGGUUUGAUUGUUGCUGCCUUUGCUCUGUGA